CCUACACACCCUGGGUAAGGAUACACUUUUCCCCCACGAAAAACAGUUUUACAGCUAUAGUUAUUGGUCCUAUACGUCAACAUUAGUGUCAACUGUCAAGGGGUGACAGAUUUUGAAACCCUGGAUGCCGUUCUUUCUAUUUCAAGAUUACGCUGAGCACAAAAUCUCUGAGCACGUUCUCUAACUUGGAAUGUCAUCAACGUUGCUCUGCCGAGUGCGGAUAGGAAGCCAUUGAAAAUAGAUGAGAAGAACCUGCUACAAUGGAUACAAUGGAAACGGUGGAAUGUAUCAGGAUAGAUCCAGAUACUCUGACAAUGCUAGAGGAUGAUGUGGACAUCACUGAGGGAGUCUCCCAAAUCAAUGACGAGGUUGAGGAUCUCCGCAACAGGUAGCAGCCUAUAUCCUACUUCAUUUAUGACAUUCUGUACAGCCUACUAGAAGUGAAAUCGGAGUCUUAAUCUAAGGUACAUUUGCAAAAAACCUUAGCCCCUCGUUCGUAGAGAUCACAUUAGUGUGGAUGAAUAGUUAUGGAGAGAAUUUAAUUAUUUGAUAAAUGAUUGAAAAUGAUUGCACUGUCUGUGCAUCCCACGUUGUCGAGAUAAAUCAGAGUUCAAUUCAUAGUAAUCAUGUCUUGUUAUGAGUUCAGUAAAGUUUACUCUGUGCAAAAGGUCACAUUCCCAGUGAGACAGACAGACAGACAGACAGACAGACAGACAGACAGACAGACAGACAGACAGACAGAGGGGCAGGGGGAGAGGGAUCUUCACAUACAUAAGGCCUUUAUUUCAAGUAAUUCUUUAUUAUAAUUUCUUGAUGUGCCUCGAAAUGUGAAAAUGAACAUUUGCCCCAGUACCUCACCAUGUUAUCUGUAUUAUCACGUCUCUUCCAGUUUGCGAUUGGCGGUCCAGGAUGAGGCAGUGCGUCCCAAGAUGCAGUGCUUAAUAAUGGACCCUUCCUUCUCCAUGGUUACAGUGCAGGGCGAGGACAGCGGCAUCCAAUGGGAGACCAGCUCCAGCCGCUGCUCCACCCCCUGGGGUUCCGAAGCUGAACCCACCCCUACCGUCGCAUCGGAAUUCUGCUUUCCCAUCAACGAAAGGUCAGUUUCACCUGGAUUAGGAUCUGGAAUGGCAGGUAAAAUAACCUUUGUCAUGGAUGAGGCGAUGAUGGUGAGGAGGCCAAGGAUGAAAAUAAGUAGUGGAGGAGGAUGCAGGAGCCGGGCUGACAGACGGAGACGGAUUCCUCUGCCCACAGGUGAUGACUUAGGUGAGGUCACUGAAAGAAAUGAGGUAAUGUCUGCAACUCUGAUAUGCUCAAACUGUAAUCUAUUGAGACACAUUUUGCAUAUUUUUCCAUCCUCAGGUAAGUUGGUUGAAAAGCCAGAGCUAGUGGAGGUGUCCCUGCCCAACGUGAGGGCAAAGGGAGAUGGGGAGGAGGAGGAAACGACAGAUCCCAAAGAGGAGAAGAAGCAGAAUUUGUUCCGCCUGGUGUCAGAAGGCUCAGAGAUCCUGAACAUUGUGGUUCCUCCCAGGCUGGUGAGCAUAGACGAGGAGGAGAGCCAGGGCAUGGUGGACAACCUGUCUUACCUGGAGGAAUCCACCUUCACCAAACCCAGUAACGAAACCAUAGAUGAGGUGAGAAACACAAUUGAAUUAGAUCUGUAGACCUUACUCUGUGUAUCCAUCCAUCCAUCCAUUCAGUCAUUAAUUCAUUUAUUUGCUCAUUCGCUUCUUUGUUUAUUAAUUAACUCAUCCAUUCAUUCAGGUGUUUGAGGAGGACAACGCACCACCAGAGGAGGGUGGAGAUCAAACGGUGGAACAUACUGAGUCCUCCCAUCUCACCAGACCUGAUCAGACUGACCCUCCCGGGGCUCCUGUGGCAAAGCAGCCCAGACGAGGAGCCACCAGUGACAUGGACUACUUUGAGACAUUUACUCAGAUGGAUGAGCCUGCUCCAGGAGGCCCCACCAUAAUCGAAGAAGGACAGGAGGAUGAGGAGGCAGACUGUGGAGAGGAAAACCAGCAGGCGAGUGAGGAGCCGGAACAGCCCCAAGAUGCCGCACCUGUGACCAAAGACCUGGGAGGUUCCAACACAGGCGUUAGCGGAGAAGAAAUCUCCAGUGACCAUCUGGAUGAGGUGUUCUACGGCGGUAUGGACGAUAUGCCUUCUAAGAACUAUCUGGAAGUAGAGGAGGACGCAGUAGACAAGUCACCCAAGUCCCCCCUGAAGGAGAGUGGAUCGGCCCUCUUCGGCAGCGAGGAGACCGUCCUCACCCCCAUCUUCCUCCCCUCAGGACCCCCCAAAAUCAUCAACCCCACUCUGCUAGAAGAGCCUACGGCCAUGGCCUUCCUUUACACAGACCUGUAUGAAGAGGCGGUGGGCAGCAGGGAAGGAGUGAAGGAGGAAGACACUGAGAGUAUGACCUCUGAAAGGUCCUUCCACAGCAGACACUCAGACCGGGAGGCCAGGGGGUACCUGGAGAAGUUUGUCCUGAAGGACGAGACUCCAAUGGUAGAGCUGGAAGGGGAACCAGCAGUAGAGGAAGGCUUCAGAACUUGGGCACAGGAAUUGUACACGCUGAACAACUUUCUCUCACACCCUGACGAUGCAGUGACAAAAGGGGAGAUCCAGGAGGUUGAGCAUGACAUGACAGAUUUUUUCCGGACUAACGCCAGUUCCUCUCCAUCUGAUGAUCGGUACAUCCCAUCACUGGAUAAAGAAAAGAACCAUGCAGAACCUGUGAAGGAGGACAAACAUGUUAAGGCAGACAAUGUUUUAAAGACGGUGCAGGAAGCACCUCAGCCUCAAGCGGUUGAUGAACAGAAAACCCCAGAGGAGGAGAACAAGACUCAGGGCGUUGUCACAGAUUUAAAUGAUACGCCACUCUCUGACCCAGAGUCUUCCUCUGAGGGGGCUGGUGGAGGGAGUGUCACUGAGCCCCACACAGACCUAGACCUCUCAUUCAAACAUGAUGCUCCCACAGUGGAACUACAAACACUCCCAUCUCUGAGUGACAGUGGAACCAAUCAGGAAGCUCCAAAGCCAGUAGCCCCGCCUAGAAGGAAGCCAGCUGCACUUCCCAAGAGCUCUCUGAAACUAGCGCCACUGGCUCGAGCCCAGACCCCAGUUAAGAUCCUGGAGGAGGGAGUAGGGGAUGGAGGGAAGGAAGAGAGGGAGGAGGAGAAAGAGAAGGCUUCACCAGCUGAGACUGCUGAUGAGGGAGAGGGGGAUGGAGAGACGGGACAGAGGGAGGAGGAGAAAGAUAUGACAUCACCAGUUGACAGCUCAUCCUCAUUUUACCAAUCCCAGAUUGCACUGGUCUCAAGUAUAGCUACUGACCCAGCAAAAGAAGGAGGGAGCAAAAAGGCCUUAGAGACUGAACCAGUAAAUGCAGAGGACAAAAAGACUGAAUUGGCUGAAGGAAACACAGAACCACCUCAGGCUGAGGAGAGUGACAGCCCCAAGCCAGAGACUGACCCGGUAUUGACAGGACAGGACAGUAAAACAGAACCAGCUAAAGGAGAGGCUGAACCAGCUGAGUCAGCUAAGCCAGAGGUUGAACCAGUGAAAGGAGGGGGCAGCAGUGAGACUGCAUCAGCUACAACAGGACCUAGCCAGACCACUUCUUCCGCUCCUGCCCCAGUGACUGACCCAGCCAAAGAUAGCGGCGGAUGCAUCAUCCUUUAGCCUUAUUUAGGGGGAAAUUACUAUAUCCUUUUUAGUCUUAUUGGCUUUAUGCUGCAGCAGUUUGAAAUUGAGAGGUCAAAUUAUGAAUUGAAGAAAAAAUGACAGAACUUCACCUUUUUUUCUCAACCUGGUCUCAGAGCAUUUC